UGCUAGUACUGGUCUAAGAUAGGUUUACUGUGUCAGCUGUGCCCAGUUUGGAUUGCACUUGAGUGACGUCUUAUGCCGAAUCCAGUGACUCCUGCUAAAGUGUUGUCUCCUGUAGAGACCAGAGAGAUGCCUGGGUGUUCUAAUCUCAGGAACGGCCUGAUCGUUACCAAACUCCUUAUUAACUAUUCAUGGAGGACGCAGGUGCCAAAUGGGGUUACGUGUGUCCACCAAUCUACCUUAUCUUUGGGAGGAGGACAGUAGGGGUCAAUGGUAGCAGACAAAAAAAAGAGACCAAGACAGAGAAAUGGAUGAAGUGUUCAGAUAGAAACACAAUGGAUUCUCUGAGUCCAAAGAUAUAUGGAUAAAUACCUUUUGGAAUAAUUACAAGCAUUCAUGGAACUACCUUGGUGUUAUAAACCAUCAAGAGGGAAAUAAACUGGUGAAACACAGGCUGAGGAGUAGAUAAACAUCUUUUCUUGGAUUUUGUGGAUUUUGUCAACAUGGACCCACCGGCGCUUCCCAUUACCAGGUUUGAUGUGGAUGUGGAUCUCGGUUUUGCCCUCUUCUUCUUCUUCCUCCUCUGCUUCUUCUUGUUGGUGACCAUAGUGCGCUGUGCUCAGAUGGUUCUGGACCCUUACAGUUCUGUCACUACUACAACAUACCAGGAGGAGCAAUCAGAGGAGUGAUGGAGACCAGACACAUGAACGUUAUCAAGGAAAAACAUCUCAUCCUCCGAGACGAGCUAUGACAUUUACUCAAACUUCACUGACGGGCUGACAAAAAAUGUUGCCACACACCACAGAAUAUUUUAGGCUGGAGUUGUUUCUGACACUAUUUUAACUUUUAUAUAUUUUCUACUAAAAUUUGAUACAAAAACUUUUUUAAAAAGCUUCUGAACAACACCCAACAACUUCCAACAAAUGAUGUAAGUAUGUCAUGUAAAAAAUCAAAUAU